GUGCAUUCCGCGUUUCCUUGCUCUGGCGGCGAUCGUGGAGUCUUUGUGCCUGGGCUUGGCUGCUGCUCCCUGCUCGCCGCUAGUCCCGCUACUGACGCGCCAACCCGUCACCAGCCCGUUGCAGCCUCCUGUUUGCGCGCAACUUCACUAACCAGCCACGGCCCAGCCCCGACUGUUUGUGUUGCCUACGAUAUAAACCCACUCCUGCUGCCCCCUCUCCCAAUUCCUCAUCCAGCAUCCUCAACCUCAGCACCUCUCCACUCACCUUGACUCGCCCUCACUUCGAUACCUAGUAUCCUACUUCAAUAUCCUCUUCACCAAGUCGAUCCCCCACCCACAGUCAAGAUGAAGUCUUACGCCGUUCUCGCUGCCACCUUCGCCGGUGCUGCCCUUGCCCAGGACAUGCCCAUGCCCAGCGGUGACUGCGCCAAUCUGUGCAUCAACAACAUGGCCACCAUUGCCCAGACCGAGUUCCAGUGCGAGAGCUCCGACAUCAGCUGCUUCUGCACCCAGUCCAACUGGGCUUACGGUAUCCGUGACUGCACCCGCCAGGCCUGCGACGCCGACCAGUCUGCUUCCGCUGUCCAGUGGGCUUACGCUCGCUGCGCUGGCGUUGCUGCCACCGGCUCUGGCACCCCCGCUGCUCUUCCCAUCUUGACCUCAGCCGUUGCUAGUGCCACCGCUGUCCAGUCCGAUGGCUCAGCUGUCUCCUCCGCCGUCAGCGGUGCUUCCAGCGCCGCCUCCAGCGCCGUCUCUGGCGCUGAGAGCAUCACCUCUUCCCUCGCCUCUGAGGUCAGCUCUGCUAUCGCCUCCGCUAGCUCUGCUCUCGCUUCCGCCAGCUCCAGCAUUGCCUCUGACCUUGCUUCCAUCACCGAGUCCGUUGGAUCUGCUGCUUCCUCCGCUACCGAUGCCGCUGGCUCUGCUGCUUCCUCCGCUACCGACGCCGCUGGCUCUGCUGCUUCCUCUGCCACCGAGGCUGCUGGCUCCGCUGCCUCCUCCGUCGCCGGUGGCGCUGCCCCCAAGGUCACUGGCAUGCCCAUCCUUGCUGGUGCUGGUAUUGCCGCAUGGCUCCUCCUCUAAGCGUCUCACCUUCACGUCUGAACCAAGGUCCUCGCUCGAUGGUGUAAUGUGUAUAAUGACUGGUAGUUUCGGGUCGGUAAUGCGAGGUGGGCUCUGGAUACGUGGAUGCAUGGCGCAGCUUUCUCUUCUUUCCUAACGAA